UCGGUUGACACCGGCGGGAAAAGUUCUAGCCAUUGUGGCGACGAUGGACCGAUAUAAUUUGAGUACAUUUGGCAUCGAGAAAACCCGGGAAGAAGUCAACAAUGACUUUCCACCGUGGUUCGUCAAUUUCCAGAAUCCACUCGAGCUGUACCGUGCCCAGCCGAGCUACAUCUGGUGCCAGGCGUCAUACCUGUUCGGAGCACUACUUUGCAUAAUCCACGCAUUCAAACGAGGCGGACGAUGGCCGUAUCUUUUCCUCGGUGCGCUUUGUCAUGGAUUAGUCGUCGAGCUGAUAACCUACUAUGUGCCUAGUAUUGAUAACUUUUGGCAUUCAAAAACGCCUAUCGAUUUCUUCGGUCACCGAUUACCGCUGUACAUUAUCUUUCUCUACCCGGUGUUCUACUAUCAGGCGCAUUGGGCCGUAUCCAAAUUGCACCUCAAAUGUCGCUGGUCGGAGCAUAUGGCUGCUGGGUUGCUGGUGGUACUCAUUGAUCUACCGUACGACAUCGUUAGCGUAAAGUUCGUCCACUGGACGUGGCACGAUACCGAUCCGAACAUAGCCGAUCGGCACUACUGGGUGCCGUGGAAUUCGUACUACUUCCAUGCAACAUUUGCUUUCGCUUUUUCAUUCUUUUUCCACAAUGUGCGUAAAUGGAUGGACCGUCGGAAGUUGGAUCGCUGGCAGGCAGGAUCUGUGAAAGCUGAACUGACCGCGGUGGUAGUGGCGGCCUUACUUUCGUUCCCAGGUGGAGCUUUGCUCUUCAUUCCGUUGUAUCAUCCCUUUCACGAUUUCUACAAUGUGCCCGGAGAGGUGACGGCCGUUACGCUUCUGUUCGUUUUCUUGACCACGUUGUGGAAAUUUGAUCGAAAGAGCAACAGGAGACUGCCGGAACGUUUGGACACCAUGGGAAGGGCUCUGAUGCUGCAUUUGGUCGUCCACUAUUCCGUAUUCUUUGCUAUGGUGGCCUUCCUGAACCCAGAGGACGUAGUUGCCGCUGGUCUCCACGAGCCAAUCGGUGACUGUCAGGCUAAAACCCCAGUUCACACCAUACUGAAAACCCUGGAGAAACGCACCUAUCUGUGCGCGGACGAUUACGACGAGCAGUACUUUGAUUUUCACUGUCUAGAACGGCCACCCAAAGAGGGAGCCUACUGGUACACAAUCUGCGGAACUCCGUUUGAAAACCGAGCGGAAUACGUUUUGGUACUAUCUCUUAUUUGCUUCGUAGCGCUAAUGGUGUUCCGAUCAAUUCACAUCGACUAUGACAUUCGUUUCGAUGUCUACGAUUUAGUUCGCAAGGACAAAAAAUCAACGAAGGAAAGCAAAAAAGUUAAAUAG